AAGCAUUUGUCCCGAAUUCCGGGCGCGGGUCGAGCUCGCGACGCCUGUCAGUUCGUGCCACCUCGUGCUGCCCCAUCAUUCCACUCCCGUCUUCCAGAUCAAAUAAUACUUCGAUUUGAUUGCAACACAGCCCGAUCCAUCCAUGGAAUAAUAAACUGCCGGACCUCCCUGCGUGGACGGUGGCGACGGCGACCCCAGCCGCCCUUACUGUAUUCUGUGGUCCGCCACCUUCGCCGCACGGCGUCACAAAGUGGAGGGGCUCGACGGCGGGCGGGCGGGCAUCGGCCGGAGUAAUAAGGCGGGGGAUCGGCGAUGAGCUUCGCGGAUCUGGAGUCCGGGGCCCUGCAGGCGCCCAGGAGGGGGAGGGGCCCCGACGCCACGCGCGCGCUCGUCUUCCAGAUCACUACCGCGGUGUCCUCGUACCGCCGCCUCCUCAACUCGCUCGGCACGCCCAAGGACACGCUCACCCUGCGCGAUCAACUGCAGAAGACUAGUUAUAAAGUUCUGCAAUUGGCCAAGGAUGCGAAAGAUAAGCUGCGGAGUGCUGCCGUAGCAGACCAGAGCGCUGGAACUAGUAAAGACAAGAGGAUAUCUGACAUGAAGCUUGCCAAAGAUUUUGCUGCCACAAUGGAAGAGUUCAGGAAACUUCAGAACAUUGCGAUUCAGAGGGAGGUGUCAUACAAGCCAGCCGUUCCCCAGAAUGCUCAGCCGAGCUAUGCUACAAAUGAUGGAAGUGCCGAUUUUGGUAAAAUGUCUGAACAACAUGCAUUGCUUGCAGAACCAAACAGGCAAGAGGUGUUGCAAUUGGAUAAUGAAGUUGUUUUCAACGAGGCGAUCAUCGAGGAAAGGGAGCUGGCCAUUCAAGAGAUCCAACAGCAGAUUGGUGAAGUUCAUGAAGCAUUUAAGGAUCUUGCUACGCUCGUGCAUGCGCAAGGAGUUAUAAUAGAGGAAGUAGACACCAACAUAGAAAAUUCUGCAGAAGCGACCAAAGAAGCGAAGACGGAAAUUGGCAAAGCGUCCAAGACUCAGAAAUCAAACUCAUCCUUGCAAUGCAUGAUUUUGGUGAUAUUUGCGGUUGUGCUGCUUAUCGUGAUAAUAGUUUUGGCAAGUUGAGACAUGAAAUGUUUGAGGCUUAUUGGACCAAGCAUUACAUGCAAGAUUGAUCAUCUUUGUGUGCCGAAGACUCCCUAACUGAACUGUAAAUUUUGUUCUUUUUCUUCCUUUUCCCUUGAAAUUUUGUGGUUAUUCUUAUGUCACGUGUGAGUCUUUUUUUUUUCUUGGCUUGCCCUGAGUGAACAGUGAUGCCAUUUUGCUCCUAUAAAAGUUUGUUUGUCAUUUUGCACGAGUGAGAAACUUGACAUUUUGUAAGUAUUUCCACUGAAUAAAAAUAAACAGGGAUUCUCCACUCUGAA